CCACUGGUGGUGGUGAUUUGUUAGAACGUCUAAUACUAUUUUAGCUUAGUCUUUACCUCAAAGGAUGGAAAGAAGGAUUAUAUUCCAUUUCGAAUAAGCUCCAAGGCCACUAUCACGCAAGCAGGUUAAUUUUGGACAACAAGACGAGUAAGAAUAGAGCAUUAAACCGCACUAGUUUUGCUGCUAUGUAUGCGCUUUGCAACGGAAAGAAGCACCAUUAACUCCAUAUCAGAAAAGGAAAGAGCUCCAUUAACUCCCAAGCAUGAGCAUCUUUUAUCAUGAAGAUGAAGAGGUACCAAACCCUUCAAAAAGAUCCAAAUUUCUUGCUGCAUGUCUGAUGGAUGUGUUUUCCAACUGCCAUAUCUCUCGACGGCUUCAAUCUUCGAGUCCAGAAGCAGAUAAUCACCCUGCAAGUGAUGAGUUUGAUAAGGAACAGGAACUAAUUGUAUCUGCAAUUCGAAGCCGUGCAAUGGAAAAGUUGAAGCGUAAGCCAAGCGUUUUGAAUUUGACAGAUAAUUUUUCUUGGCUCUACUCUACUAAAACUGGAGAAUUAUACAUAACUGAGAAAGAAGUGCAGAAGAAAGAGGAGUGUGAAGAUGAAGAAGAUGAAAAUGAAGAGUUUUUAUCAGUGGGAAGCUGCUUCUAUUGCUGCUCAUCAAGUGCUGCUGCAAGUAGAGAUAUGUUUCUUUCUGUGAAGACAAGUCUUUCAAGAUGUUCAAGCCUUGAUGGUUUUGAGUUCAACUUCAACGACUUUCAGAAGAGGCAGUCCAUAAUUCAGCAGCUGUGCCAUUGUGAGGGUUGGCCGUUUGGCCUUUGCCGAAAGGCUGUGUUGCUCCCACCUCUGCCUAAGUCUCCAUCAGACUCGUGGACAUGGCGCAAAGGGAUUGUAACAAAAUCGAAGAGCUUACCCUCCAGAUCACACACAAACUGAACAAGAAGUCUUGUGCCUACUUAGAAACGCAUGCGUUUGAUGAAUGUAAAUGCAGUUACGCAAUAAAGUUUUUCUGUAAUAGUGUAAUACCAUUCGAUCCAUAUCAUUAUCUUUGGAAGUUUUUAUAGUCAGUACGUACUGUAGUGCUUUGUUUACAGCAUUGCUUGCAAAUUGCAUUGUGUUAGUGUAUCAACCAUCUGGAUUCCCUGAUUUCAAGUUACCUGUCGCAUUGGAGAUGAGAUGAAAUGAGAUGA